AGCUGAUUUGUACUUUACCGCGAGUUUUUGUCUUUGAUUUAGUUUUGGCAUUAAUUUAGGAUUUUAAAUCUAUUAUUUGGUACACAAUGGACAAGGAGCUGUUUAUUAAGCAAUUCGCUUCCUGUGAAGCCACACUCCAAACAAAAGGAGCCUCAAAUAUCGAUAAGCAAAAUGCGUGGCGCACACAAAUGCUGUUGCUCUGUCAGCAAACCAGGCAUAGCACCAACUCCACCCACUUUGCAGUCUUACAAGAACACAUCGACAAACAUCAAAAGCACGAAAGCACAGAGCAAAUAAUGACAGAACGCCUAAAGCGAUGCCGGGGGACAAUAAGAACGAGUCGCAGGACGAAUUCGGAGAUUAUAUGUGCAGAUUACAUGUUCCAAGUUCCCCAGGACACUUCGUUUGAGCCGAACUGCAGAACUUCGUAUGAGAGCUGCCAAAAAGAAGAAAUCACCUCAAGUGACCUGCAUGCUCUGACCAGUGAAAAUCCAAAAAUGCCAGUAAAACAGAGUCCAGUAGUGCACUUUUCGACACCAAAAACCAAUUCAGAAAAGUCGGGUAAUAAACAGCUAGAGCGACUAGAUGAUUCAACACAAAAUGGAUUUGGCUUUCGCACUGCACGAGAGCAACUAAUCCUUGACGAUUUGAAGAAAAACAAACAACAGUCAGUGAGCAACUUGAAUGCAUCUCCAUCAGACAUGAUGAACUUUGGCAGAAAAACACUGGGAGGAAAACGAACUGUUAGCUCAAACUUUGUAUCGCCAGUGGGCCGUAAUGAGAGCUCUGCUAUCUCUUCCAGCAAAUUACCUCCAGCCCUGGGCCACCUGGAUCCCAAGAUGGUGGACCAAAUUCUCGGCGAAAGCAUGCACGAUUUCAAACCUGUCGCAUGGGAAGAUAUUGCCGGGUUGGAAUCUGCCAAAUCAACAUUCCUAGAAGCCAUUAUAAUGCCACUACGGCGCCCAGAUUUAUUCACUGGUGUGCGGUGUCCACCUCGAGGCGUUCUCUUAUUUGGACCACCUGGUACUGGCAAGACCCUUAUAGCUAAGAGUAUUGCUUCCCAAGCCAAGGCCAAAUUCUUUAGCAUCAAUCCAUCUACUCUGACCUCCAAGUGGGUGGGGGAUGCCGAGAAGCUAGUAAAGACAUUGUUUGCAGUUGCCGCUGCCCAUCAACCAGCCAUUAUAUUCAUCGACGAGGUUGAUUCCCUGCUAUCGAAGCGUUCGGGGAACGAGAACGAGAGCACUCUGCGCCUAAAGAACGAGUUUCUCAUCCACUUGGAUGGCGCCGCUAGCAAUGAGGAGAUUCGAGUAUUGGUAAUUGGAGCCACUAACCGACCGCAAGAAUUGGACGAGGCAGUACGAAGGCGAUUCGUACGACGGCUUUAUGUGCCGCUACCUACAAAAGAGGCGCGAAAGAAAAUCAUAGAAAAGAUUAUCCGGCAGGUGAAGCACAGCCUCGAUGUAAUGGAAAUUAACGAACUGUCGGAGUUAACUGAUGGAUAUUCGGGAGCGGAUGUAGAUACGCUCUGCCGCUAUGCAUCAAUGGCUCCUCUUCGCUCGUUGACACCUGAUCAAAUGGAGGUCAUAAAAACACAUCAGCUGCCCGCCGUAACCAUGGAUGACUUUAGGCAGGCUCUGAGGGUAAUAUCGAAGAGUGUUUCUGCAGAGGACUGUAAACAAUUUGAGGCAUGGAAUGAUGUAUAUGGCGUACGACAUUAAAGUUGCACUAAAAUUCUUUUUUGAUUUUUAUUAAUACUUUGAAGUAACGAAUAAAUGCUAUGUAAAGACUAA